UCGGCGAGGAAUUCGCCCACAACGGACAACUACACAGUGUUGCCUCAUAUGGUGAAAUACAUAAUUUCCAGAACCCACUAAAGAACAACUUUGAGGAAUAUUGGAGUCAAUUAAAGGCGAAAAAGGCUGAAAUUAAUUUCACAAUUCCCUAACGGCUCUAAAGUGAUUCGAGGACUUAUAUAAGAAGCAGAUAAUGGCUGGAAGAAUUACAAUCAACGGCACCAGUCAGGAAGUUAAUCUGGCUGCUCUCCCGGCGGAUAUAUCGCUGAACACCUUUAUCCGGGAGCACGCCGGACUGACGGGUACGAAGUUCAUGUGCCAGGAGGGCGGUUGCGGGGUCUGCGUCUGCACCUUGAGCGGACUGCAUCCGGAGACCGGAGAGCCGCUCACCUGGGCGGUCAACUCGUGCCUCACUCUGCUGAACACCUGCCUGGGCCUGGAGGUGACCACCACCGAGGGAUUGGGCAACAAGCGGACCGGCUACCAUGCCAUCCAGCAGCGACUGGCCAAAAUGAACGGCACCCAGUGCGGCUACUGCUCGCCGGGAUUCGUGAUGAACAUGUACGGUCUGCUGAAGUCCAAUGGUGGCAAGGUCACCAUGGCAGAGGUUGAGAACUCAUUCGGUGGCAACAUCUGCCGCUGCACCGGCUACCGUCCCAUUCUGGACGCCAUGAAGUCCUUUGCCGUGGACAGCAAUAUCGAGGUGCCGGCUGAGUGCGCCGAUAUUGAGGACCUGAGCACCAAGACGUGCCCCAAGACGGGCCAAACUUGCGCCGGUAGUUGCAAGAAGCAGCAACCGAAGGGCAGUCAACUGUAUCCGGAUGGCAGUCGCUGGAGCUGGCCGUCGAAUCUGGGCGAGCUCUUUGCCGCUCUGCAGGGAGCAGUUAAGGAGGAGCUACCCUACAUGCUGGUGGCUGGAAACACAGCCCACGGAGUCUACAGACGUCGACAGGACAUCAAGGCAUUCAUCGACGUAUCUGGUUUGGCAGAACUCAAGGGUUACAAGCUGAGCUCCGAUAACUCCUCCCUAACCCUCGGAGGAAACCUGAGUCUCAGCGAAACCAUGGAGCUGUGCCGGCAGUUGGAGAAAACGAAGGGUUUCGAGUACCUGUCUCAGGUGUGGCAACACCUCGAUUGGAUCGCCAAUGUGCCAGUGCGCAAUGCCGGCACCUUGGCGGGCAACCUGAGCAUCAAGCAUGCCCACCCCGAGUUCCCCUCGGAUGUGUUCAUCGUUCUGGAGGCCCUAGAUGCCCGUGUGAUCGUCCAGGAGGCGGUGGACAAGCAGGAGACGGUGAGCCUGGCCAGCUAUCUCGGCGCUUCAAUGGAGGGAAAGAUUAUCCGUGGUCUAGUUCUGCCCGCUUACCCCAAGGAGAACUUUGCAUUUGACUCCUACAAGAUUAUGCCCCGUGCCCAGAACGCCCAUGCCUAUGUAAACGCGGCCUUCCUCCUGGAGCUUACAGAGGACUCCAAGGUAAAGUCAGCCCGCAUUUGCUUCGGAGGGAUCAAUCCCGAAUUUGUGCAUGCCUCAGCGAUUGAGAAGUUGAUCCUGGGAAAGAAUCCCUUUGAUAACGGCUUGGUGGACAAGGCUUUCGGACAGCUGUCCACCCUGCUGCAACCCGAUGCCAUCCUACCGGAUGCCUCUCCCAUCUACCGUCGCAAGUUGGCCUGCGGUCUCUUCUACAAGUUCCUAUUGAAGACAGCGGCCGAGCGAAAACAGGGAUUGGCCAGUCGAUUCCUCACAGGAAGCUCCCUUCUUGUAAGGCCCGUGUCCAGAGGCCAACAAAGCUUCGAGACCUUCCAGGAACACUAUCCCGUGACCAAGGCCACGGAGAAGCACGAGGGUAUGAUCCAGUGCUCCGGCGAAGCCACCUACUCCAACGAUCUGGCCACCCAGCACAACCAGCUGUGGGCGGCAUUUGUUACCGCCAAGAAGGUUGGCGCCAAGGUUACCAAUGUGGAUACAAAGCCAGCUCUGGAUCUGCCCGGAGUGGUGGCCUACCUGGAUGCCAAGGACAUUCCUGGUCCCAACUACAUUGGGCCCAAGGUCAGGGAUGAUUUCUUCUUCAGUCAAGACGAGGAGCUAUUUGCCACUGGGGAGAUCAAGUUCUAUGGCCAACCCGUGGGCAUGAUCGUGGCCAACUCCAAUGCCCUGGCCAAUCGUGCCGCAGAGCUGGUGAAACUGAGCUACGAGGGCGAAGCGGAGGAGCUGCUGCCCACCUUGAAACACGUUCUGGGCAAGGUCGGUACCCAAGCUGGCAACAAUAAGCGCCUCGAGCAGAAGGUUAAGUCCACCAUCGAUGUCCUCGAACUGGAGGAAUCCUUUGACGUGAGUUCCUCCGGGCAGCUGGACAUGGGUCUGCAGUACCACUACUACAUGGAACCGCUGACGACUGUGGUGCUGCCCUUCGAGGGCGGCAUGCAGGUGUACGCCGCCACCCAAUGGAUGGACCUCACCCAGGACAACAUCGCCAAUGUGCUCAACCUGAAGAACAACGAAGUGCAGGUGAAGACGCGUCGCAUUGGAGGAGGUUACGGCGGCAAGGCCACCCGCUGCAAUCUGGCCGCCGCCGCUGCCGCUGUUGCAGCCCACAAGCUGAACCGACCCAUUCGAUUCGUCCAGACCCUGGAGUCCAUCAUGACCAGUGUGGGCAAGCGCUGGGCCUUCCACAGUGACUACGACUUCUUUGUCCAGAAAUCGGGAAAAAUCUCGGGGAUUUCGAUGCGAUUCUACGAGGAUGCCGGUUACCUGUCCAACGAAUCACCCAUUGGCCACACCGUGUUGCUGUCCAAGAACUGCUACGAGUUUAGCGACAACUACAAGCUGGAUGGCUACCUGGUCUACACCGAUUCCCCGACCAACACCCCGUGCCGUGCUCCUGGUUCGGUGGAGGGCAUCGCCAUGAUGGAGAACAUCAUCGAGCACAUUGCCUUCGAGACCGGUGUGGAUCCGGCUGAUGUGCGCUUUGCCAACUUGCUGCCGGCUCACAAGAUGGGCGACAUGAUGCCACGUUUCCUGGAGAGCACCAAGUACAGGGCACGCCGAGCGGAGGUCAUUGCCCACAACAAGGAAAACCGCUGGCGCAAGCGCGGGUUGGGGCUGUGCAUCAUGGAGUACCAGAUCGGCUACUUCGGACAGUAUCCCGCCACCGUGGCCAUUUACCACAGCGACGGCACCGUGGUGGUUUCCCACGGAGGCAUCGAAAUGGGACAAGGCAUGAACACUAAGAUAUCGCAGGUGGUGGGCCACACCCUGGGCAUCCCCAUGGAACAGGUGCGCAUCGAGGCCAGCGAUACCAUCAACGGAGCCAACUCCAUGGUCACUGGAGGAGCGGUGGGCAGUGAAACACUUUGCUUUGCGGUGCGCAAGGCCUGCGAGACCCUCAACCAGCGACUGGAGCCAAUACGUGAGGAGCUGAAGCCGGAGAAUUGGCAUGAGCUAAUCAAGGAGGCCUACAACCGCAAGGUGAACCUCAUCGCCAGCGACCAGUGCAAACAGGGCGACAUGGAUCCUUACUCCGUGUGCGGUCUGUGCCUCACGGAGGUGGAGUUCGAUGUCCUCACGGGCAACUACAUUGUGGGACGCGUGGACCUUCUGGAGGACACUGGCGAGAGUCUGAACCCCAACGUGGACAUCGGCCAGAUUGAGGGCGCCUUCAUGAUGGGCCUGGGCUACUGGACCAGCGAACAGGUGAUUGUGGAUCCACAGACCGGCGAGUGCCUUUCGAAUCGCACCUGGACGUAUAAGCCGCCAGGAGCGAAGGAUAUUCCCACGGAUCUGCGCAUCGAAUUGCUGCCCAAGAGUCCCAACAAGGCGGGCUUCAUGAGGUCCAAGGCUACUGGUGAGCCCGCCAUCUGUCUGUCCAUCGCGGUGGCCUUCGCCCUGCAGCAGGCCCUGCAAUCAGCUCGCGAUGACGCCGGCGUGCCCAAAUCGUGGGUGACCCUCACCGCACCGAUGACCCCCGAGUACCUGGUCCUCCACGCUGGCACCGAGCCCAACCAGCUCAAGCUGAACUGAGCGGGACAUGGAGUACAUGGAAUCGUAUUCCUGAGCGUGAGACACGGCACGUGGCCGCGAUGGGAACGCUCCGAUAAGCACGCCAAGAUAACCUGCACUUACACCCCCACUUAACCUGGCGGAUCCGCCGACUGUAGAGACUAGCAGACAUUGUGUUGUGUGCACAAUAAAUUAAAAACUUAUCCAACGCUUAA